AAAGCUACACGUACUCGUCACUCCAGCAACAAGCACCAUUAUUUGAGCUCUCAAAGAUUGCGAAUUUUCAGGGAAUCCAUACCCUGGCCUCGUGGUUAGAGCAAAUGGAAACUCACAAAGCUCAUUGCUUGAUAUUUCCAUGUGCCGCGCAAGGACAUAUAAACCCUAUGCUCCAGUUUGCUAAGCGUUUGCAACAUCAAGGCACCAAAAUCACCCUUGCUACAACUAAAUUCUUCUUCAAAACCUUGCAAGAAGUCUCGGGGUCAAUCGCAGUGGAGACCAUCUCUGAUGGAUAUGAUGAAGGAGCAAAUGAAGUGCCCCUUGAUACAUAUAAUGCUGUGUUUCAAAAGGUUGGCUCAGAAAAUCUUACUGAGCUAAUCUUGAAGCUUAAAGAUCUGGGUUGUCCUGUUGAUUGUAUUGUUUAUGAUGCACUCAUUUCUUGGGCUUUGGAUGUGGCCAAAAGUCUCGGCUUACGUGCUGCUGCGUUCUUCACUCAAUCUUGUGCUGUCUACAAGAUCUACUACCAUGUCUACGCAGGCCUUUUGAAACUUCCUCUGGAGGAGUCUAAAGUGGAAAUUCCCGGCUUACCACCACUUUUGGCUUCAGAUCUGCCUUCUUUUUUUUCUAAUUACGGUUCAUAUCCGCCAAUUUUUCAGAUGGUUGCAUAUGACCAAAUGAAGAACAUUCAUGAAGCUGACUGGAUCUUCUGCAACACAUUUUACAAGUUGGAGGAGGAGGUGAUUGACUGCACAUCCAAGAUCCUACCAAUAAAGACGAUUGGACCAACUAUUCCAUCUAUGUACCUUGACAAGCGCCUUCAAGAUGACAAGCAGUAUGGUCUCAGUCGUUUUAUGCCAAUGACUAAUGAUUGCAUGCCAUGGCUAAACGAAAGAUCAACCAGUUCAGUUGUUUAUGUAUCAUUUGGAAGUUUGGCAGAACUUGACGCUGAGCAGAUGGAAGAAGUAGCCCAGGGCUUGAGAACUAGCAAUUACUAUUUUCUAUGGGUGGUUAGAGAAUCAGAAUCAAAUAAGCUGCCAAAAGAUUUUGUUAAAGAAACAUCUGAUAGAGGAUUAUUCAUUUCAUGGUGCCCUCAGCUUGAAGUUUUAGCCCACAAAUCUAUAGGGUGCUUUAUCACUCAUUGUGGAUGGAAUUCAACAUUGGAGGCCUUAAGUUUGGGGGUCCCAAUGAUAGGCAUGCCACAAUGGAUCGAUCAAAGUACAAACGCCAAGUUUGUAGUGGACAUCUGGAAAACGGGAAUCAAAGCUCAGCCAGAUGAAACUGGAAUUGUUAGAAGAGAUGUCAUUCAUGAAUGCAUAAGCGUAGUGAUGGAGGGGGAGAAAGGACAAGAGAUUAGGAAAAACGCAGAUAACUGGAAGGAUUUGGCAAGGAAGGCUUUUGAUGACGGGGGAAGUUCAGAUAAAAACAUUAAAGACUUUGUAUCCAAAUUGAUUCAGUCUUGAAGAGAUAAUAAAGUUGAUCUGUCUUAUCCAAAUUGAUUCAGACUUGAAGAGAUAAUAAAGUAGAUUUGUCUUCUUCAAUGAUAAUCAAAGGCAACCAGGUGACUGUCACAUGAAUUUUUGACGAAAAGUAACCACACAUUUGUCUGGAUCCACUAGCAACUGCAGUAGAAACGUGGUUUUCCUGGUGCCAUUAAUAUCUAGAAAGUAGACUAUAGCAUAGAGGAUAUAGCACACACUGUCCCAUGUAGCGCACGCAAGUUCAAUUCAAUGUGAAUACUAGAGUUUGCAAUCCUCUAAGGUAGAACCACUGAAUUCUAUAAAAUUUAUUUUGACGUGUAGGGUACCGUAUAACCUAUCUCAAUUUGUAUGCCCUGGUAGAUGAAAUAUGAGGCUUCAAGUUCUAAUA